AUGGCCGCGCCGGCGGCGCCGCCGGGGAAUGAGUACGGUUGGGGACCGUCCCAGUCGUCGGUGGCCUGGCCGCCGGCGAAUCGGAAGGCGGAGGACCUCGUCAGCCCCCCGCUGAUCGCCAUGGUCGCCGUGGUAGGCACGGCCUUCCUUGUUGUCUUCUACGUGCGCCUCCUCUCCCGCCACCUCGGUCGCUGCCGGCGUCGCUGGAGGCAGUGGAGGCGGCGGAGGCGCCUCGGUCUGUCGACCGACCUCGAGUCCAACGGCGGCGGUGGCGGCGGUGGCGGCUUCGGCUUCGACUACUACUCCUCUGGCGCCUCGUCCAACUACUUCCUGUCGCCGUACGGCCUGGACGACUCGGCCAUCAAGACUCUGCCGCUCUCCUUCUUCAGCGCGAAGGCGGCGAGGCACCUGUUCUACAGGGAGUGCGCGGUCUGCCUGGUGGAGUUCGAGGAGAAUGAUUCUCUCCGCACGCUGCCGCUCUGCGCCCACGCCUUCCACGUCGACUGCAUUGACGUCUGGCUGCGGUCUCACGCCAAUUGCCCCCUCUGCCGCGCCGCGGUCUUCCGGCAGGACUCCUCCUCCCCCUUCGUGCCGAUGAGGGCUGCUCGCAUCAGGCCCAGCUUUGACGACUUCCUCCUCGAUCCUCCCCUCCCGCCGCCGCCGCCUCCGCCUCCGCCGCCGGAGUCGGACUACUCCUUAUCCGAGAUCGCUCCGGAUACCGCGGCUUCCCCGGGGAUGAUGCCCCGGGACGACGACCGGAGCAGCGGCGGCGCUCGGAACUUCCUCCUGAAGCGAUCCUACUCCUUCGGAUUCGAGCGGAACCUGGCGGCGGAGCGCAUGAUUCUGGACGGCUCCACCGCGUCACCGCCGUGGAGAUACCGCCACCGAGGGUUCUGGAGCAAGCGGUGGCCGUCCCCUUUUGGUGGCGGCGGCGGUGGCUCCUCCUCCUCCCGGACGGCCAGGGUGUUCUCCUUCCGGUCCUACCGCGGCGCGACGGCCGGCAAGUCCCCCUUCUUCCGGCGGCGGGGGUUCUUCCCCCUCUCCGAAUCCGGCGUCCGUUUCGCCGGCGCCGCCGGGCCGUCGUCGCGGCGGACCAGGUCCCUGACGAGCCCCGUGGGGAUUUUCUCCCGGCCGCCGUGCGCCGCCGGGUGGUCGGCGUCCAGCCGGCUGCGCUGUGGAGAUCCCGAGGCCCUCCUCUCCCCGGACCGCUUGGCCUCGAACCACCACCGCCGGUAG